AUGACUGUCGAAACGAGUGAAAAGGAGGCUGCUGGCCAAUUGCUGGAUAGCUUGUAUCUUGAUUUGUUUCACCUGGUCGAGGAGCACACCCAGUGCCGGGUAAAUUUAGAGCGGAGCAACGCCAGUGGAGCGAUUCUGUUGGCCCGCACUCGGUUUCAGGCAGGAGGCAGUAACUCGGUGUCCACCGCUCAGAUUCCCACCGAGAACAGUGCCGAGUUUAAAGCCCUUUGCCGGGUUGUCGACUCCGAGGAAGGCGUCUGCGUCCAAAGACAGGCAGUGGACAAGUCCAAUGGCUUUGUAGAGCCCCUGCACUGGUUCUCGGUUCUGCCGCCCAUGAGCUUGCGCAAUGCUGUUUCCAAGUUUAAGGAUUGCAUCGACCUGGUUGCGGAAAGCACGAAUCUGCAGCGGCAGCUGGGUCAGACCUUGGAUUGGAUCGCCAAACUGCGCAAGAGUGCCCUGCUAAACUAAACAUUAACCUAUACACAAUCUAUACAAUUUUAAGAACGUAGCAAUAUGAUACGAAAACAUCCCCAAAUACGCAUGCAAUUUAAUGAAACAGUACUUGGAAAAUCGGCGAAUCAAAACAAGUAAUGAAUUAAAGUUUGAAAAUGAAUUUUCCAGUGUUUGUUUUUGUAAGGUAAAUAAAAUUGCAAAUCUGUUUUCUGAUAAUCGAAAAUAAAUCUUAAAGUUCUUUCAAAACA